CGCAGGACCUGAGAGGGCGCUGGUGUUUUUGUUGUAUGGGGCAAAGGUCAAAAGUGCAGGGUUGAGGGAGGUUAUUACUAAUGUUUACGUUUCGCUGGUUGUCCUGGAAACCCCCCCCCUCAAGAUGAAGAAAAGCUGAAAUGGGAAGAAAGUUUCAUUUUUUUAUGUUAUUUGGGAGGGCCAACUUUCGUUUUCAACCUUCAGACAUAAUGACAAAACCCUGGACAUGAUGAAUAAUUAAUAAAAAUCAAUUAAGAAAAAAAUCUCGGGGAGAAAGAAACAGAAGAUUCUCAAGAAACAAGAGAACAUUUGUUUUAAACUUCAAUUACUUGUAUACCACUGCUUCUCAGGGAAAUACCAAUAAUUCUGUUAUUUUAAUAGUCAAAGGAGUACCUAGUCUGCUACUACUGACAGGGAACCUAAAAUCGCAGAAAAUAAGAAGCUACUCUUUUAACAAAUACAAGAAACUAAGCAAGCCAGUACAAUUUUUUGAAUACAAGUUCAUGCCUUAUAUGUAUUUUUUCUCAGAACAACAAUAGAUUUUUAUGUUGAAAUAGAAACAGGGAAACAGGAAUAAUUUUUAAUGCAGAUAUAUAUUCAUUAUAUAUUAUAACAGACAACUUUUCAUAUUAUAUAUUUACAGUUGCAGUUGAAUCACUUGUCCAUAGAUAAUAAUUGUUGCUGGUUCAAGCCAAUAUUUCAGUUAUUGUUUACAGUACAGGAAAUAGAAUUUUUACAACAGUGCUACACAAAUACUUUGUUUUUAAUGUUCACAUUUAACAAAAUACCAAAGAGAACCACCCUUGUAAAAAAAUCAGGUUCAUUAUCUUCAGUGAUAUAAACAUAUAUAAGCUAGUUUUUUCUUUUGAAUUUAUAUGUUCAUAUAAAGUCAUACCUUUGAAUCUUCAUUAAGUAAGCUUUUGUUUACACGUGCACAUGAUACUUUUAUUGACAAAUCUUAUACCUGAGAUAAGUGACUUACAUAUUAUGAUCUGAUAAGAUUCACAAAACAUUUUCUCAAGAAAAGUAAAUCCAAUGUACAAAAUGGACUGUUUUUUUACUAUCUCCAAUGCGUAAAUUGCUAAAAAUUGUAUGUAAUGUACAAAAUAUAAAGACUUUUUUGUAUCCUGUCUGUGGGUUUUCUAAAUGCUGCUUCAAAGUCACUGUUAUUGAGAAUGAGUGAAGAUGAAGCUAGAGAUGGUUGUUUGGAGAGGACUAGCUUUCCUCUGUUCCAUCCAAAGAAGAGCAAAAUGUUGUCUCGUUCAAGUAGCUCAGGAAUGCCGAAAUUUGAACAUUAUGGUGCAACCAGUGGCAUGGGGGAAGCUUCCAGAAACACCGUGGCCCCCCGACGAGAAACCGGACCGACCAAUAGUGGAGAUGACAGGCAGGAGAUACUGAAACGGCGGCAAAGUCCAAACCCAUCGCUGGCGUCUACGUCCAGUGCUGGCCAUGUUCCGGGGGAUGGAAGUGGAAUGAACGCAUUUCUCAUGAACCCACUUCUGGCAAUGGGGUUCCAGUUGCCCCAGCUGGCGCUUUUAAUGCAACAGCAACAAAAUCAAUCGGUACAACAGAACCCACAGCAACAGCAGCCGCGUCCGGCACAACAUCCCAAUUUAAAUCUCCCUACCACCACACCGUCUAUGCUCAACCCUCUUCUUCUUCCACAUAUGCUAGCAAAUCAAGCUCUUAGUGCAGAACUCGCUGCCGCUCACCAAAAGGCUUGGCCCUCGUACAGCAUGCCAGAGAACAUUCCAACAGUUCAGGCCACCGAACCUAGAACCGGUACCAUCAUGAGUGCAUCUGUAAAUACAAAUGCAGUACCACAUGUGUCUGUGAAGGGGUCAUCAGAGAAACAGCCUAUUGUGGCGCACACGAAAGAAGACUCGGGACCAGGUAAACAGCCGUUUGUGUGUGAACUGUGUCGUGAGUGGUUCUUUUCCAGGGAGAAACUAGUGAUGCACCUUGUAAUGAAUCAUCGGAUGCACCACUGUCAUUUCUGCGCGGAAUUGUUUGAAUCUGUUGAAAUGAGAAAUGAGCAUGAAGCGGGAAUACAUUUGCCUCUGGAAUGUGAUAUAUGUCAGACAAGUCUGCCAUCAGCUGAUCUGUUAUCUCAACACUACCUCAUAAGUCAUGAUGUUAGAAAUUGUCAAUUUUGCGGUGUUCUGGUACGGCCGAAAUCUUACUACGCUGUACAUGUUCGAAGAAAACAUUUUGUGGCACCUGAUGUAAUGGUAGAUGACAGUAAAGUAAGGAUUAUGCGUCAUUGGGACUCUGGUGCGAACGGUUCGUCUGCAUGGACCUUCACGUGCCAUCUCUGUGGUAAAGAAAGGAAAAGGACGGAAACUUUUGGUCACUUUUAUUCAUAUCACCGACUCUCCCUUUCCUGUUUGAUCCAGCUUUUGGCUUCCGAGGGGGUGGCGUUCUCUGUUCAGGGGACGCCUGCACCAUCCUCAUCUUCUAAUGUACAAAAUUCGUCUGCCCUCACCACAGCAGGCAGUGACCUCUCUUCCACUGCGCCGGCAGGGGAUGAUUCUUCCAAUAAUGAUGCCUCUCGUAACUCAGGGACCUCAGUAAGCGGGGACGAAUCACAACAGCAACGCUGCCGUUCAUCAAAUCCUUCAUCGUCUUGCACCGUGUGUACAAAUCCGUUCUCAGUCCAAGUGCCAAAACCUGCCCAUGAUCUCUUCUGCAAAGGAUUGACUUUAUGUAGAUACUGUGACAGGACAUUUACAAGUAAGGCUGCCCGCAAUUCACAUGUUGUUAAGGACCAUGGUGAUCUCGUGUGUCGCGUUGGAUGCUCAUCCGAUGUGUCAUUUUCUCAGGAAUAUGAAUUAUCUGCUCACUAUUUGCAAGAUCAUAAUCUGCACAUGUGCCAUUACUGCACAAACCUUGUGCCAGCUGUACAUAAUCAGUUCCCUCUGCACCUGAAAAAAGUACACAAGUGCUCCGAAGAUGGUAGUGCUCUCAAAGACUUAGGGAAUGGUGUAGGGGUGGAUUUAUUCCAAUGCAAAUACAGUGAUGUUAAUCUUUCUGUUACCUGUGUAUUGUGCAAUACUGAUAUUACUUUAUUCAUGAAUGAUAUCCACUCUUUAUUUAAACACAUAGAAUAUCACAGUAUAGGUUUACAAUCGGCCUUGCAUCUUCUUGAAACAAAUUUAAUAUUCGAUACAGAAUUGUGUUCAGUUAAAGGAAAACGAAGUAUAGAACAAGAUUUUAGAGACUUGAAUUUGGCUGGAAAUACUUCAAGUUACUGGAGUAAAAUGUUAUUGGGAGAUGGAGAGUCUGGUAGAAGAAAGAACAAAUCUACAGUUAGAAAACCUGUGGUCAAUCCAAAGAAAGUUUGUUAUUCUAGUGACCAAGAGCAGCAGGCUGCUAAACCGAGAGCGACAGUCCUUAAAUCCUUGCAGAAUAAAGGAGCGGAUGCAGAGGGAACUGUGAGAGGGAUCAAGAAACAUUCCAAAGAUUUGGCAGAGAAAAACGGAGAUAGACUUGCUGCGGGCAUACCUAUCACAGACGAAACAAAUUUUGAUUCAUCGAGUGAUCUGCUGAGUUCAGAAGACGAAGAUUUGGCAUCAGAGGGGGAAGGUGUAGAAAAUGACUUAUCAGAGGAGGAGGAUGAUGAUUAUGUAUCGGCUGAGAAUAAAUCAAAACAAGCACCGGUGGGUCUUGAAAGUGACAACUGUGAAGCGGAGUUUGAUCCCAAUGAAGUUGAAUGUGUAUUUAGUGACACAAGUGAUGAGGAAGGUGAAGACCCCCCUAUUCAACCAAAAUUAGAAAUUAAAGAAGAAGAAGAAGAAAACUCUUAUUCAAAUUCAGAAGGUACUGAUGAACAAAGACAAGCAAUAACUAAAAAAAGUGGGGGAGAUGACUUAGUUGAAAAAACGAUGAAAGAAAUAUUUGGCGAUGGUACAAAUAGUGACACAAGUUUAAAUAAAACUCUAGGAGGUGAAAAAGAGGUGGUUAUUAAACAAGAACCCGAAGAUGAAACUUCAGAACUUCAACCAAAAAGUUCUGGAACAUCAAAAGAAGAUACAAGUGAUACUUUGGCUCUCUCUGGAACUUCAGGGAAAACAACUACUUGUGAAAUCUGCCAAGGGUCGUUUAUUUCAGGGGAAGGGUCGAGGGAGUUGGCACGUCACAUGAGUUCUUUGCAUGGCUUUGCUCUACCAUCAGACCGAGGACAAGAUCCAUUGAAGUUAACAUCUCAGAAUUAUCAUUGCCAUUUCUGUCCUGUGCAGACAGUUUCAAGGCCUGCCAUGCGCCAACACCUCUCGAAAAUGCAUGGUAGUGUUCUUGUACAGGAGAAGCCCCUUAAGGAUGUAGCAUACAAAUGCCGCUUUUGUGAUAUCAUCUUUUGGAAAGUAGCUGAUAGAGAUGAACAUCAAGUAAUAAACCAUGCUGAUCAAAUGGCCAACUUUUUUAAAUGCUAUGUGUGCUCCAAAGUAUAUUCCAGUAAGCUAUGCCUACAACGGCAUGUCGAAUCUGAACAUUCUGAUAAAGCCUCCUUUGAUACCAUGGCUUUCAAGUGUAAGGUUUGCCUUACAGUAUUACCUGGCUUAACAUUACUUCGGCAGCAUUUUCAAGAGAAACAUCCUGCUUCACUAGUUUUUCAUUGUUACCGAUGCAACACCACCCUCAAAACAAAGAAGACUCUCCGUUCCCACAUUAAGAAUGUUCAUUCAGAAGCUCGCCGUCGGGAGUGUAAUUUAUGUGGGAAAGUUUUGUGGAGCAAACGUGCUCAUGCAAUUCAUUACAGAAUGAAGCAUAGUGUGCAUUCUAAAGUUGGAUUUCGAUGUCGAAUAUGUCAAAAAAGAUUUGAUUCCAAGGAUGAAAGGAAAUUGCAUUAUCAAGUUGAUCAUGAAGGGGAGAGUCCAUACCAUUGCAGUGAAUGUGGCAAAGGGUUUGCAUCCAAGUCAGGAAUGUAUGGUCAUCGUCAAUUGCACACUGGAUCAGGCAUAUCAAAGUGUGAAUACUGCGGUAAAGAAUUUACAAGAAAGGAUAGCUACAAUGAACAUCUCUUAAUUCACAAUGGUCCACGGCACAAAUGUCCUCAUUGCCCCAAAGAAUUUGUGCAAAGGUCUAAUCUUGUACGGCACAUACGAAUUCACACAGGAGAAAAGCCGUAUAAAUGUUUGUAUUGUGACAAAUGUUUUUCUGAUAAGGGAGCUUGUAACUCGCACAUCAGAGUUCAUACACGGGAAGAGACAUGCAGCUGUCCAUAUUGCGGACAGACCUUCUCAAAAAAGCAGAAAUUGAAAUAUCACAUUCGUAAGCACACUGGAGAAGGUCUAAUAAGUUGUGAAAUAUGUAGCAAAUCCUUUACAAACAGUUUUGCGCUGAAGGAACAUCGUGUGAUUCACAAUCGACAGACGCAAAUUCUUUGCCAGAUGUGCGGAAAAGGCUUUAACAGUGAGAAAUAUCUUCAGCGACAUGUGACCAUUGUCCACGAACCUUCAAAAGCUUUUUCAUGUCCUCUCUGCCCCAAGGUGUUCUCCCAACAAGCUCGCCUCAAAGCUCAUCUUAUGACCCACACGGGCGUGAAGCAUAUCAAGUGCUUGCUGUGCGACAAAGCGUACUCUGUUAGGAAAUCAUUACGUCGACAUCUUCAAGAAAAGCACAGCAUAUCUCCUGAACAUCCACAAUACAAGCAUUGUUUCUAUGCAAUGACAGCAGAGGAAGCUGGUCUCCACAUACCGGAGGGCGCGGGGCCUUUUGUUGGAGAUGAUGAUUCUACAAGUCAAUCGUUUCCUCAUGAAGAAGAGGAGGAGAAGGGAAAAAAGAAAGAGUCUCCAUCUCCAGUGGCGAGGAAGUUUCCUCGAAAAACUCCAGGAAGGAAAGGCCCCACAAGGAGAGGGGUGACAAAAGCAUCUGCGCCGUUUGAAGUCUACGCCGGGGAACCUGGGGAAGGUGAGGGGGAGCAGAAACGGAAUCGUAGGAGAGUGGGUCGGAAACGCUCGUCCUCCAAGCACCGCGAAGGGGAGGGUGGUUUAUCGUCUAACCCGUCAACAUCUACCUCUGACUCGCCACGAAAACGGGGAAGACCUCCUAAAAAACUCUCUCCUGCAAAAAUUGUGAGGAAAGAGGAAACAGAAUUUGUGCCUUCAGAUGAAUCAGGCAGUAGCAAUUUGCCAGAAUCAGCAUGUAGACGAGAGCCUGUAAUAAUUUCCCCUCCUGUCAAGGACAGGGAACAGGAAAGAACAGAAGGGUAUGUUGUAUAUCCUGAUCAACAGCCAGAAUUAGGUGUAGUUUCAUUACCUCCAUUGUCUCCUCGUGAUAAAACACAGUCUGUUAGCAGUGCUACUGGAAGGAAGAAAAGACGGGUAGAGGCAAUUGUGGAAAUUCUUCACAAGACGGGUAGCUCACCCAGUAGCGUCAGCACUAAAGAGGAAGAUGAAGGAGAUGAUGAUGAAGAAAAUGAAGAGGAUAAGAAAGAAAACAUCACAAAGAAUGUUGGUUCUGGUUUAGAAGAUAUAAUAGGAAUAGUGCCGGAUUCGGGUUUGAAAAUUGAGGAAGAAUCUAGUAUGAAAGGAGAAUCGGAAAGUGAUGAUGAUACACCUGUGCUUGCAAAGAUUCUCCCCUUAAAUAGUCCAAAGAAAUGUAGAUAGGGUAUGGAUUCCCUGGUCAUUAUAUACAGAGGUAGGAAUGUAGUUGCAAAACAUGACAGAGAAUGGGCUGUGGCUGGUUGAAACGUGCAGAAAGAGAGAGCUGUUUGUAUUUGGAAAAAAAAAAAAAUAGAUUUUACUGAAAUGCUGAUCUCAUUUUAUUCUUUUUCACAGUUCAUCACCUCAGAGCAAUAUACCUUUUUGCAGUUAAUGCUCUCAAUUUAAAACUAAGUAGCAUUGUCGUAAAUGAGGCAUUAUGUAUGUUUGAAGACUUCACAGCUCUACUUCCAGCCUGUGAUUAACAUAAGUUUUUUCCUCUGCAUUUUUCAGUUCUCUGGAGUGUUGUGAAGAUAUAAGUAACUCAUUCAUUCAUUCAUCCAUUCAUCCAUUCAUUCAUUCAUCCAUUCAUUCAUGAGAAUGUUACCAUUAUUUGCUGUAUACUAAUUCAAAUGUUAAUGUUCUAUACCAAAGAUUUUCUUGCAAUGAGCUGCAAAGGUACAUUUCCACAUGGGAUGUGAUGAAACAUUGUGAAAUUGAAUAUUAUGAGGUUUCGGUGAGAAUUGGCAAGGCUUUCAUUACCAGAAUUUUGUUUAUAUAGGUAGUUUAGAGGAAUGAAAGAUUUGGUCCCAUUCCCAAAACUACUCAAUGCAAGAAACAGAUUACCUCUGUUGCGGUAAUACUGUUUGUUUGAUUUCUUCAGGUAGGAACAAGUGUUCUAUUUUUUUACCAAUAUUGAUAGAUUUUUAAGACAUUCCUAAGAAGUUGAAAAUACUUCAUGGGUAGAAGGUUUUAUGUACAUUUUGUGAAACUGAUGGCAAGGAUGAUUGGUUUUUAGAGCCAUGGAAAGAGAAAAAAAUAUUAUUUUACUACUUACUUAAUCUUUCACAGAGAAAAGGUCUGUUCUUAAUUUCUGUGUUUUGGGUGUUUUGUGUGUUUUAAAAAGUAGCUUCAUAUGUAGAACAGGAAAAAUAAAACCAAUCAGGUACAAAAUUGAUGUUCAAGUAAGUGUAGUAAAUAAUAUUUUUAUAAUUGUUUGUGAAUUACAUCUAGUACAAACCUCACUUUUUAAAUUAAGAUAACAAAAGUAAUUUUGUACAAAAAUUGAACGGGUGUCUCUUUUAGAUAUUAAGCACUAGCAUACUUCACAUUUUUCUAUUGUGUAUAUGAGGAAUUGUGUAGUUACUUUCUCUAGGUGUCAAUAUUAUGGCCAGUAUGAAUGUGUGCGUGUGUAUAUUUAAGGGGAUAAAUAAGUAUUUAUUUUAAAAUGUUCUUAACCAGGGUUUUCUCUGUAUAAUAUCAUGUAAGGUUUACUUUUAAAAUCCUGGCUGGGACGUUGUUGCAGUAAUGGGAGAAAUCGAUAUAUAAUUAUUUCAAGAAUACUUACUUUCAUCCUCAUUUAAUGGGCAUGGGAAGGGCUAAUUUAACAGUUCAAAGUGCAAUUCACUUUCUACCUCGAUAUAUUAUAAUUACUAUGCAGACAUUUUAUUCUAUAUAUUUCUUUAUUUUUUAUGUGUAUAUCUUUAUUGUCAAAAUUUAAUUAAAAUGCAUAGAAGUGUAUUUUUAAAUAUUGAUCCAAACAUGGUAUUUUGUUUAUUUGUUUUUCCUGUAACAGAAUUCACUUACCAAAAUAGAUGUGUAAUGUUCUAUGUCAGGACUAGAUGUUGAAAUAUGUAUCAUAUUUUGUUGAUCCAUCGUCCUUGCUAAUGCAGAUGUGAGCAAUUUGCGCUUUUGAAUCAGUUUGAUUGUAAAUGUUUUGUUGUAUUGCUGUGUUUUUGAAAGCUUUGCCAACGAUAGAAGAGUUAACAAAGUCUUUUCAAUCAUCAUAGUUUAAAGUUAUAUAUAUACAACCAAACAAUACGGUUGACUGCUCAGGAUUUAUAAAAAAAAUAUUUCCCAAGAAUAAUAUUUGGUCUUGAUGACAUGUGGACCAUGUUGUAAUUUUAUCUUAAGUACAUAUACAAAACAUGAGGCAACAAAAAGUAUUUCAAAAUUGUCUUUGUGACAGUUAGAUACAUCUCAUAUAUUUUUAAGGGUAAAGUAUUUCUAAGAGAAGUUUCCCUCCUAUAUUGUAUGAACAUGUGCUCUAACAUGUUCCUUCUAGCAGCCCUAUCCUCUUCCCUGAACGUCCAAAAACCUUUGACUGAUAAUCCUCAGUGAGACUUCUUAGAGGAUUGCCAGACCCAUGCAAUAUUAUUCUACCUAUUUGACAU